AUGCAAGACCUCCUUCUGCAGAACAACAAGGCCACCAAGUUCCCCUCGCUGCGCAACCUGCUGCUGCUCAAGUUCAUCCACCUGCGGCUGCUCCAGUUCAUCAUGCAGAGGAUGCUCCUGUUCAACAACCUGCUCUUGGCGCAGACUUCGCACCUGUUCUUGGAGACGCACAUCAGGUUUUCUGCUGCACGCGCUACAACGUCUGAAGCCUUGGAGACUGGCGCAAGGAUGUCUCACGAGCACUUGGAGCGCGUUCAGGAUCUCAUCGACGAGGGUAUGUCUUUCUUGGAAAGUCGCAUGCAGUUCUAUGAGAUUGCUGAUGCCGAGUCUUGGCCUGUUGCGAUGAAGAUGGAGGAAGAGGAACUUGUUCUGGAUCUCUCUGAGGAGAAGAGGAAGAGGCUCAAGAAGGCCAAGGACGAAAUCAAGGAGGAAGCACGCGAGAAGGCUCAGUCGAAGAAGAAGUCCUCUGUCCCUCCUAAGUUCCAGAAUGGUCCCAAUGUGACGAUUGGGCUAUGGUUAAGUCUAAGC